GAUCAUCAAUGAGUUCGUUACUACCUCAGCUUCAUCUCCCGCCAAAUUCAAACUUCCCCAAUUCCAACUCAGUUCGUCGCAAGAAAUCGAUUUCCCUCCUACAAAAUUGCAGAAAUCUCGAUCAAAUAGCUGCAAUCCACACCAACAUCAUAAAGAAUGGCCAGGAGCAAGACCAUUUCGUCGUGUUCGAGCUUCUCCGUGCUUGUUCCAGAUUCGACGCCAUUGAUUACGCAAUCGAGGUUUUCCGUCGAACAAGGCAGCCGAAUGUCUACGUUUACACCGCCAUAAUUGAUGCUCUCGUCGCAUGUGGGUCGUCCUACCACGCAAUAAGCUCGUAUGUCCACAUGAUUGAGAAUUCCGUUUAUCCAGACAAUUUUGUCGUUAAUUCUGUGUUCAAGGCUUGUGCGCUAGAACUCGAUUUAAGGGUGGGUAAGCAGAUACACUGCCACGGUUUAAAACUCGGACUGUGCUCGAAUCGUCAGGUUAAACUGAAGCUGAUGGAGUUAUACGGAAAAUGCGCAGAGUUUGAUGACAUGCAGAAGGUGUUCGAUGAAAUGCCUCAAACAGAUGUUGUUGCUAUGACAGUUAUGAUUUCCUCUUACUCCGAACAUGGAUUGGUUGAAAGGGCUCUUGUCGUUUUCGAUUUGCUGAAGGUACGGGAUACAGUUUGCUGGACAGCAAUGAUUGAUGGACUUGUAAGAAACGGUGAAAUGAGCAAGUCAUUGGAGUGUUUUAGGCAGAUGCAGAGGGAAGGCAUUAGAGCUAAUGAAGUCACAGCUGUCUGCAUGCUAUCCGCUUGCACAUAUUUGGGAGCAUUGGAGCUCGGAAAAUGGGUUCAUUCAUACAUUGAAAAGUAUGCUAUCAAGGUUAAUCAUUUUGUUGCUUCGGCUUUGGUCACUAUGUAUUCGAGGUGCGGGAGCAUCGAGGAGGCGGAAAGAGUGUUUGAGGAAGCGAAAGAGAAAGAUGUGAGCACUUACAAUUCCAUGAUUUCCGGCUUAGCGUUGAAUGGCAAAACCAUGGAAGCAGUUAAAUUGUUUGGAAGAAUGGUGAACCAAGGAAUUAGGCCAACAAGCAUUAGUUUUGUUGGUGUGCUUAACGCUUGCAGUCAUGGUGGUUUCGUGGAUCCUGGGUUCAAGAUCUUCAGAAGCAUGCAAAAUGACUACGGAUUUGAGCCAAGAGUCGAGCACUAUGGAUGCAUAGUUGACCUAUUAGGCCGGGCAGGAAAAGUGCACGAGGCUUAUGAGUUCAUUCAAGAAAUGGGAUGUGCACCAGAUCGUAUAAUGUUGGGGUCGCUCUUGAGUGCGUGCAAAGCUCAUAAGGAAUUUGAGUUGGGGGAAAAGGUCGCAAAAGCUCUUCUUGAUGAUGACGGUGUGCAAAGAUCUUGUGACCCUGGGACGUACAUACUCGUCUCUAACUUCUACUCGUCUUGGGGGAAAUGGGACGAGGCUCUGCUGGUUCGUGAGGAGUUGAAGAAGAAGGGCGUUGAGAAGGAGCCGGGGAGCAGCUCCAUUGAAGUGAAUGGCGAGAUCCAUGAGUUCCUCCUAGGCGACAUAACUCAUCCGCGAAGGGAAGAGAUUUAUGCAAAACUAAAAGAGAUGGAUGAGAAAGUGCGCGGAGAGGGCUAUGAUCCGCAAGUGGAAAAUGUGUUGCAAGCCGUGGGGGAUCGAGAGAAGGAACAUGCUUUGGCCAUACAUAGCGAGAGGCUUGCUAUAUGCUACGGGCUUAUAUCGACUGAAGAGGGCCACAGUUUGAGAGUGGUGAAGAAUUUGAGAGUUUGCGAUGAUUGCCACGCGAUGAUCAAGCUCGUCUCGAAGGUGAGUGGCCGGAAGAUUGUGAUGAGGGAUCGGAAUAGGUUUCAUCACUUCGAAAACGGGAGGUGUUCUUGUGGAGAUUAUUGGUAGAGGAAGGUUGAUUCUUGAAGUUUUGGAUUUGUAUUAGAGCUUUGGUUGAAUACCAAUCUCUCUCUCUCUCCUUCCACUUUAUUAAUAUUAUUGGUUAUUUAUUA